CAGAAGGCCUGCUGAUCUAAAGUAAUCGGCGAUGUCCUGGGGAUCCUUAUAAAAGGGUCACGCAAACCAGGCGUCCCACAUUCUUGCGCGACGGGAGGCGGUCAUUUGAUCGUAUCGUGCUGAACGACUUGAACUCUUCUGGAAUAGCAACACCUCAAAACGACUACUACAUCGAGCAUCGGCAGACAUAAGCUUUGCAAAACCAUGGCUUUUCGUUAUCUAUGGCUUGCGGUCGCCUUCACGGCUCUCUCAUCGACUGUUGCACGUGUCUUUCCAGGAUCAACUUGCAACUUCACUGGAAUAGACGUGGAUGGCGCGAUUGCGAGACUCAUCACCAAGUUUCCCGAUCACGAGUUUAUAGGCCCCGAAAAAUUUUACCCGGUAUUUGCUGGCUUUGAAAUACGCGGUAUCAAUGCGAGUGGAUUCCACAAGUUGCAACAGUAUGGUCCGGCGAUCCCGUACUGCAUGAAUGGUUCCCGCAUGGUGCAAGUAGACUUCAUAAAAACAGGCGACGUGGUGCUGACAACCCCCUGGAGACACUGUUCUGGACAAGAAGGCACAAUUACGCUGCGUUCUGAGGUAUCGCGUUUUACGACGCAGUUUCACAUUGCACAAAGUGAGAGAGAAGAGGACAUCAAGCUUUUCUGCCGGGGACCCACAAUUCCUUUGACAACCGAGAACAUCCAGAUCAACGUGGAUGGUGCCGGACCAAACGCAAAUACAGUGGCGGGAAUCCUGGCCAUGGUGUUUCCCGGAAUAACCAAGGAGUUGUGGAAUCAGCAGUUCUUCUACCCACUCAGCCGAGCUUUUAUCAAGCCUUUAAUUAGAUGUGCAAUAAUACAUUCAUGUAACAUCAAACCAUAUUUUUAUGAACUAUAGCUGGUUCCCGGCGAUGCGGCAGGAACAAGAAAUGGAGUGGGGGAAAAGCCUUGGCGAGAUUGCUCAUGAAAUAAACCG